CCUGUCCGCAGCCAUUUUGGUGCGAGAGAAACAAUAGGACUGAAGCGGCGGGGAACCGGGCUGAGGCAGCAGGUAACGCCCGCGUUGUUGGGCCUAUGGCCCUAGUUCCCCAGGAGCUUUGAGGGAGAUUUUUUCCGGGCUACUGGGAGACGUGGUCUCUGAUCAUUGGCGUCUUCUAGGCUAUUUGCAGAGCGUCCUGGCCAGAGCAAGCCAAGAAGUCAAGUCGAGAGGGACACACAGACAGACAACAGACAGAAGACGUACUGGCCGCUGGACCCUGCCGCCUCCCCCUUCCCACCAUCUGCGCCCGGAGGAUGAGCCCAGCCUUCAGGGCCAUGGAUGUGGAGCCCCGCGCCAAAGGCGUCCUGCUGGAGCCCUUUGUCCACCAGGUUGGGGGGCACUCAUGCGUGCUCCGCUUCAAUGAGACAACGCUGUGCAAGCCCCUGGUCCCAAGGGAACAUCAGUUCUACGAGACCCUCCCUGCUGAGAUGCGCAAAUUCACUCCCCAGUACAAAGGUGUGGUAUCUGUGCGCUUUGAAGAAGAUGAAGACAGGAACUUGUGUCUAAUAGCAUAUCCAUUAAAAGGGGACCAUGGAACUGUGGAGAUUGUAGAUAAUUCAGACUGUGAACCAAAAAGUAAGCUCCUAAGGUGGACGACAAACAAAAAACAUCAUGUCUUAGAAACAGAAAAGACCCCUAAGGACUGGGUGCGCCAGCACCGGAAAGAGGAGAAAAUGAAGAGCCAUAAGUUAGAAGAAGAAUUUGAGUGGCUAAAGAAAUCUGAAGUCUUGUACUACACUGUAGAGAAAAAGGGGAAUGUAAGUUCCCAGCUUAAACACUAUAACCCUUGGAGCAUGAAAUGUCACCAGCAACAGUUACAGAGAAUGAAGGAGAAUGCAAAGCACCGGAACCAGUACAAAUUUAUCUUACUGGAAAACCUGACUUCCCGCUACGAGGUGCCUUGUGUCCUUGAUCUCAAGAUGGGCACACGACAACACGGUGACGAUGCUUCAGAGGAGAAGGCAGCCAAUCAAAUCCGAAAAUGUCAGCAGAGCACAUCUGCGGUCAUUGGUGUGCGUGUGUGUGGCAUGCAGGUGUACCAAGCAGGCAGUGGGCAGCUCAUGUUCAUGAACAAGUAUCAUGGACGGAAGUUGUCAGUACAGGGCUUCAAGGAGGCACUUUACCAGUUCUUCCACAACGGGCGGUACUUGCGCCGUGAACUCCUGGGCCCUGUGCUCAAGAAGCUGACUGAACUCAAGGCGGUGUUGGAGCGACAGGAGUCCUACCGCUUCUACUCAAGCUCUCUGCUGGUCAUCUAUGAUGGCAAGGAGCGGCCGGAAGUGGUCCUGGACUCAGAUGCUGAGGACUUGGAGGACCUGUCAGAGGAGUCAGCUGAUGAGUCUGCUGGGGCCUAUGCCUACAAACCCCUCGGUGCCAGCUCUGUAGACGUGCGCAUGAUCGAUUUUGCACACACCACCUGCAGGCUGUAUGGCGAGGACACUGUGGUGCAUGAGGGCCAGGAUGCUGGCUAUAUCUUCGGGCUGCAGAGCCUGAUAGACAUUGUCACAGAGAUAAGUGAGGAGAGUGGGGAGUGAGCUUGCUAGCUGCUCCAGUACCUGAGAGACUCUCUGUGUCCCUGGAACAGCUGUGCUGCAUCAGGGAGGAGGCCAGUAUGGCCAGGUGGUGGCUCCUGCAGCCUGGAGCUGAUGUGCAGUGGCCUCUGUGAGCCCCAGCCUGAGCCAGCCCCAGCUGCGCUUGGAGUCUUUAUUUAUUUUAACUAUUUCUUCAACAUUCCACAUUUGAUGAUGAUACCUCUUUCUUCCCCGAGUGUAUCUGUCCUAAUACAAAUCUUUUUGUUUAUUGUA